AUGUCGGACUCGGAAGCAGACAGGCCCUCAGAGGCCACCAUCACUAACAGACUACGCGAAAUUGUCAUCGCCAUACACAAAUCUGGAAAGAGCGAUGAUCUGACUGUAAAGCGCGUUCGAGCGCGCGCUGAGAAGGAGCUGGGUCUAGACGACGGCUUCUUCAAGACGGACUCGGCCUGGAAAGAAAGAUCACAGAAAACAAUCGUCGACGCAGUGGAGAAAUUCUGCAACGACGAGCCUUCGCCAGAGCCUACCCCCAAAAAGGCCGCCCCGAAGCCCAAAGCAAAGUCCGCGGAAAAGAAGACAAAGGCUACGACCGAGAACGCCCGAGGCGUCAAGCGCAAGGCUGCGGCACCUGCCAAGAAGCCCAAGAAGCGCGCGAAGACUGAGUCUGAGGAAUCCGAGGCUGAACUCUCAGAACCGCCCGCCGAGAUAUCCGAUGCCGAGAGCGAACCAACUAAGAAGCCAAUACGUCGACGGAACAAGGUAGUGGCAGAAGACUCCGAUGACGAUGAUGCGCCAGAGCCAACUUCGAAACCCAUUACUGCCGAGGACAACAGCGACGCCAAAACCGAGCCAGCGAAGAAGACAGACACAAACGGCGACGUAUCCGACAGUGAGCUGUCUAGCGUCAUAGAUGAAGAGCCAAAGAGAAAGAAGAGAGCCCCCGCAGCCAAGGGCAACAAGGAAAAGGCUCCCACAAAACCAAAAGCCGCGCCAAAAGCGAAGGCUGAAGACGACCCCGACACUGCUGAAGUCAAGCGGCUUCAAGGCUGGCUCGUCAAGUGUGGCAUACGCAAAGUCUGGUCGCGAGAUCCUGAGCUCUCCCAGUGCGAUACCCCGAAAGAUAAGAUCCGCGUGCUAAAGGGCUGGCUGAAAGACGUGGGCAUGGAUGGCAAAUACUCUGUUGAGAAGGCUGCUAAGAUCAAGGAGCAGAGAGAGUUUGCAAAGGACCUCGAGGCUAUCAAGGAGGGUGAGGCCGCAUGGGGCAAAACGAGCGAGGUCACAGCUACGGGUCGACCGAGCCGACGGGCGGCAGCCAGAUCUGUGCCACAACAGAAAGUUGUGCUUGAAGAUGAUAGCGAAGAAGAAGGCGGCGAUGACAAUGACGACGACGAUAGCGAUGAUGAUGACGACGUUCAAGCCGACUCGGAAGACGACGGCGACGACGACGGCGAUAAGAGCAGCGACAGCGGAGUUGACGACUCCGAAUAA